AUGAGUGCCACAAACGACGAAGAAGUUGACCACAGCGUCGAUCAUCACAAUCACGACAUGAGACCAAACGUGAGCCUCAAUGCUAUCAUAACUCCCGGCGAGGCGUCCGAGUCCGAGGAAGACGAUGAAUACCAGGAACCUAUUGAACGACAGAUGAGUUUUGGCGACCACUCGGUCUCAAGACAUCGCAAGAUCUCCGAAAUGAGUCAGUCGCAGAGGUCGACCCUUUCGGACGACAACUCAUCCAUUGGUGACUCAAAUAAAUACAAUUCAUUACUUCACAAGAAGUUAAGAGAGAAGAACGAACAGCUGAAGAGGGAGUUGUCGGCGCUGGCGAGCGGGCCGUACCUCAUGGCCACCAAAGAGGUCGGGAAUAUCACCAAACAAUUAAUCCAAUCGCAGAAAAUGGUUCAAAACGUUUCGGCGUCUCUCAGGAAAGUGUCUAAAGAAUUGGUGUCUUUAGAGGAGACAAUCGCCGCCAUUAAGAAUGAUAAGAAUAUUCUGUUGAAUGAAUUUGUUGUCAAUUCCAGCGUCGAGUCCACGGAAAGUGAACCUAACGUUACAAAUGAUUCACAGAAUAUAUAAUUGUUUUAAUUAUCUAUUCUUUUGGAGUAUUUGAUAUUUUUACUCAUUUUAACAGAUUAUUAAAAUAAUUUCCAUUUUAACCACUAUUCAAAUAGUGAUCACUUAUCACUGAUAAGUCAUACCGUAAUUAUGCGAC